AUGUAUCAUCUUAUAAGAUACUUAGUCGCUCUCUCUGCUAGAGGUAAGUUUAUAAAUGACUUUGCAUCACCAAAGAAGAAGAGAAAGACAACAAAGAAUGUCAGCAAAGAUGAAGAUGAGGUUUAUAGUAAUAAUAAGAUUCAAAAUGUUAGUUGUUGUAUUGUAUCCAUCACUUCUGGUACAAUCUUAUACAUGUCAAAGGCCUUUCCUGGUAGAGUUAAAGAUGAUACCAUUAUUCAUCUCACAUACAAUGAGUGGCGUCAUAUAUAUCUUGACAUAGGAGAUAUCUUAUUGGGUGACAAUGGUUUUAGAGGAAUGGAGGCUUUCAAUAUUAUAAACACUGGUGGAAUUGAAAUGCCUUUAUCGAAUUUACAUUCAAAGUAUCGUGUGAUUGUUGAGAAUCUUCUUGGUAGAAGCAAAGUAUUCAAAUGUCUUUCUGAAAUGUCUAGAUACCCAGGUAGAUUGAAUGAAGAUCAAAUAUGUAAUCUAAAUGACCACUAUUGGAGAGCUGUUGUCUAUGUUUAUUUCGAUAUAGAAAGAACUUGUGUAAGAAAUAUAUUCUCUUUAUAA